GCAACUCCAAAUGUCACGACUACACGAUGCUGCGCAACGCAUCCAAGGGAGUCGUCCGGAAAGCCGUGACAGAGCUUGCCCAAUACCCGAAGCCCGGAGAGAAGAUCCACGGCUUCACUCUCCUCCGUUCGAAGCAUGUCCCAGAACUCGAGUUGACAGCUCUGCACCUGCAGCACGACAAGACGGGCGCCGACUAUCUGCAUGUUGCCCGCGAAGACAAGAACAAUGUCUUCUCUAUCGGCUUCAAGACAAACCCACCGGACCAUACGGGGGUGCCGCAUAUCCUGGAGCAUACGACACUUUGUGGCAGUGAAAAAUAUCCCAUACGUGAUCCAUUCUUCAAGAUGCUUCCCCGAACGCUCUCGAACUUUAUGAAUGCCUUCACUGCUUCCGAUCAUACCUUUUAUCCAUUCGCCACCACAAACGAACAAGACUUCAAGAAUUUGAUGUCCGUAUACCUCGACGCUACCUUACAUCCACUGUUAAAGCAGAAUGACUUUGCCCAGGAAGGAUGGCGGGUAGGUCCGGAGAAUGCCAGGGCUGCUCAAGCUGGUGAUGCGAAGGCAGAGGACAGCAAGUUGGUGUUUAAAGGCGUGGUCUACAAUGAGAUGAAAGGACAAAUGUCGGAUGCUGGUUAUCUAUAUUAUAUGAAAUUCCUGGAAGAAAUAUUUCCGGCUAUCAACAAUUCUGGAGGCGAUCCACAAAUGAUGACGGAUCUGACCUACGAACAAUUGAAGAAGUUUCACGCAGAGCACUACCAUCCGAGCAAUGCCAAACUUUUCACAUACGGAGAUAUGCCCCUGGCGGGUCAUCUGCAAGAAGUCGAUACUCAGCUAAGCUCUUUUGAGCGUAUUCAAGGAGAUUUGGAAGUCCGGAGACCUAUCGAGAUCGAUAACGAUGGGCCCGAGGCCGUUCAGGUUCAUGGGCCGAUCGAUCUAUUGGUGGACAGAGACAUGCAGUGGAAGACAUCCACGAGUUGGCUGAUGGGGGAUACUACCAAUAAUCUCGAAACUUUCUCUCUAGGAAUCAUAUCUAGUCUCCUAAUGGAUGGAUACGGCUCACCAUUAUAUCGCAAUUUGAUCGAGGCUGGCCUGGGAACAGAUUGGACUCCGAACACAGGCUUCGACAACACUGGGAGAGUUGGAAUAUUCUCAGUGGGUGUUACUGGCGUCAAAGAGGCGGAUCUUUACAAGGUCAAGUUAGCUCUUCACAGAACGUUCGAAGAAGUGCACCGUAACGGAUUUGACAAUUCGAAAGUGGACGGACAUCUCCAUCAAUUGGAAAUUUCGUUGAAACACAAAACUGCAAAAUUCGGCCUGGGUAUUUUGCAACGUAUCAAGCCUGCUUGGUUUCAGGGGGUUGAUCCGUUUGACUCAUUGGCUUGGAAUGAUACAAUUUCAGCAUUCCAGACUGAAAUGGCGAAAGGAGGCUAUCUGGAAGGUUUGAUGGAGAAAUACUUGCUGAACGACAGAACACUUACGGUUACGAUGAUUCCAGAUGCUGAUUACGAAAAGGAGGUGUCCAAGGAAGAGGCAGCUCGUCUUGCAAAGAAGAUCUUCGAAGUCACAGAAGCGGCUGGAAGUGAAGCAGAAGCGCGUGCCCAGUUGGGAAAGCAGGAAUUGCAACUCCUGGAAGAACAGUCGAAGUCAAGUACCCAGGAUCUCAGCUGCCUUCCAACAGUACACGUCAGAGACAUCCCCCGACAACAGGAAGUAAUCGAUGUGAGGGAUUCCAAAGUCGAUAAUGUCAACGUACAAUGGCGGGAAGCGCCAACGAAUGGUCUUACAUAUUUCAGAGCCGUCAAUUUAUUUGAAAAUUUGCCUGAGGAACUCAGAGCACUGAUCCCGCUCUUUACCGACUCCAUCAUGCGCUUAGGGACCAAAGAUAUGACAAUGGAGCAGCUCGAGGAUCUGAUAAAGCUGAAGACAGGUGGGAUAUCUGCUUCAUAUUUUGCUUCAUCUUCUCCUCUAAACUUCAGAUUAUCGUCCGAAGGUAUGAGUUUUGCAGGAACUGUGUUGGAUCGCAAUGUAGCCGACAUGUUUCAACUAUUACAAAAGCUCGUGCUCGAAACUGAUUUCGAGAGCGCUGAGGCUCAAUCACGAAUCAGGCAACUUUUACAAGGGUCAGCAGACGGAGCAGUGGGCCAUAUUGCAUCCUCAGGGCAUGUGUAUGCCAGAGGUUAUGCGGAAGCAGGACUGACAAACUAUUUUCGAAUAAAGGAGCAAGUUAGCGGUUUGUCACAAGUGAAGCUUGUCUCAUCACUAGCUUCUCGACCCGAAGCCGAAGGACUUGCAGAUGUCAUCGAGAAAUUGAAAGCCAUUCAAAAUUUGGCACUCUCAGGACCUAGCAGUUUCCGCACUGCAAUCACUUGCGGCACCGAAAGCGUGUCCACCAACGAAGCUGCACUCCAAAAGUUCCUCUCCGCCCUUCCCAAAUCAAAACAAUCGCCACUAAAGAUUCCAUCCCCGGAUUUCAGCAGGAAUACCAAGACUUUCUUCCCCCUCCCUUAUCAAGUUUACUAUGGUGCGCUAGCCGUCCCAACAGUAUCCUAUACCUCAACUUCCGGUGCUCCAUUGCAAAUCCUCGCCCAACUCCUGACACACAAAUAUCUACACCACGAGAUCCGUGAGAAAGGUGGCGCGUACGGUGGAGGCGCUUACUCUAGUGGUCUCAAUGGUGUAUUUGGCUUCUACUCCUACCGAGACCCGAACCCACAGAACACCAUAGAGAUUAUACGUGAUGCAGGACAAUGGGCUGUUGGAAAGCAAUGGACGGAUCGCGAUCUCGAAGAGGCGAAACUCAGUGUUUUCCAGAGUGUGGAUGCGCCACAAAGUGUUAGCGAUGAGGGCAUGAACAGGUUUUUGAGUGGGGUCAGUGAUGAUAUGAUGCAGGAGAGGAGAGAGAGAUUACUGGAUGUCACCAAGGAGCAGGUUAAGGAGGCGGCACAGAAGUAUGUUGUUGAUCCUCUUAAAAAGGGAGAGGGACGAAUGGUAUUUUUGGGCGAGAAGAAGCUGUGGGUUGACGGUACUUGGGAGACCAAGGACAUGGGAAUCUCAGCGCAGGAGCCGGAGAUUACCGAUGAGGAGGAUGUAAAGGAGGCGGCUUUAGGGUCGUAAUGUCGAUUGUAUGUAUGACUUUGUAUGAUACUGUAUUCCACUCAUGCACUGGUGGCGUUCACAUUUCUCAAGAAGACAUAAUCGGGCUAUGUCCGUCAGUUUUACAGAACAAUCAGCACGCGCUACGAACAGAUAAUACGUCUGCAGUCAUCUCAGUGGCUGUAAGAUCACAAGUCAUGCCUCCGGGCUAGCGCAAGAACGAAAUAGCGACCGAGGAAACCUGACGAGAGUUGGGGGGUUCGAGGAAGCGAUCUCCGUCUUAUUUCAGACCUGUUGUCCCUGAGCUGUGGGAUGGCGGACUAAAGAUGUGAGGACAUACUCCUGGCUAACACAGAGGACUGUGGCAGAUUGAGCAUCAUUUCAAGAUGUGGGGGACACAAUCCCCAGCAAUACGAAGACUAGUUAUUGCUGGUCGAACAGGAGGUUGAUA